AACUCAACCAAAACCUCAAACUUGUGGUUGUGGCACAAGAAAUGUUAUUUAUUUUCUAAGAGUAACUUAAUCAAUUAAACCCAAUUUGAAUUCCCAUGAAUAGAUUUGUUGGAAAGGUAAUUGUGAACAUUCUUGAACCAAUUCUACUAUCUUCUAUUUUCUGUUGGGAGUUGGGUUUUCAACCAAUGCUCCCUUUGUCUGACAGACAGCUACUAUGCAAGUGUUGAAAAAAGCCGGACGCCCUUCAGAACGUAUAGUGAGCCAUGAAAAUUGUAGAUUCAGCAAGCCAACAGGGCAUGAAUGUGUACAUAUCCAGAAGAUUACCGAAGCUUCAGGAACUGAAGAGGCUGAGGCUGAUGCGGAAUAUGAAAAUGCUCUAAAGGAAGCCAUAAAAGGUGUCCAGGAUGCUGUGACUGUCAUAAACGAACAUCUGGAAGAGGUCAGGUAUGAAAUUGCAUCACUUGAAGAUUGUAGUUGAGGGGCGGCUCUACUGCGUAUAGUUUUAUUCUUUUGGUUUUUUGCAAUGGAUUUCUUCGAAUCCAUUUCUAAGACAUAAAGGUUUAUUCCCCCCCAAAAAAAGAAAAGAGCCCAGGCCAUUCACUUCCUUUUGUCAACCUUCAGGCUUCAUCUUUUCUUAUUAAUGCCUCCAAUGGUAGAGCCUACUAGCCACUGCACUCUUCAUCUAUAACGUUCUUCAUAAAUCUUUGAAUCAAAA